CCUCUGCUGGGCAACAUGCUGGAGCUGGCACACGACCACCUGCCCAGUCACCUGACCUCCCUGGCACGUCGCUAUGGCAACAUCUACCGCCUCAAGUGUGGCAACACCACCAUGGUGGUAUUAAACAGUGGUGACAUCAUCAGAGAAGCCUUGGUGAAGAAAUGGUCUGACUUUGCUGGGAGACCACAUUCUUACACCGGAGACGUGGUGUCAGGGGGAGGCCGCUCCAUCUCUCUGGGGGACUACAGUGAGGAGUGGAGGGCCCAUCGCCGUCUGGCCCAUAAUGCACUGCAACGCUGCUCCCAGCAGUCGCUCCACGGGGUCAUCCAGAAACAGGCCCUCCACCUGAGACAAGUGCUGCUGGACUAUAACGGCAGAGCUGUGGAUCUCUCGGAGGACUUCACUGUAGCAGCCAGUAACGUCAUCACCACACUGGCCUUUGGGAAAGAGUAUGAGAAGAGUUCUGCAGAGCUGCAGAGACUGCAUGGCUGUCUUAAUGAGAUCGUGUCUCUAUGGGGCUCUCCCUGGAUCUCUGCUCUGGACUCCUUCCCACUGCUCAGGAAAUUGCCCAAUCCUCCGUUCUCCCGUCUUCUGAAAGAGGUGGCCAGGAGAGAUGAAAUCAUCAGAACACAUCUGGAUGAGUACAGGAUGCAGGCACUGAGCAAAACAUCUGAGGAAGCCAUUGCCAUCACAAGCGCUCUCCUCGACGGCCUUGGGAAGCCCCAGGACACAACACAGGGCGUGGUCCUGACAGACACUCACGUCCACAUGGCCACUGUGGACCUUCUGAUCGGGGGAACAGAGACAACAGCUGCCUGGCUCAGCUGGACUGUGGCCUUCCUACUGCACAGGCCUGAGGUGCAGUACAGAGUGUAUGAUGAGAUGUGUUCGGUGCUGGACGGGCGCUACCCUCAGUACAGUGACAGACACAGGCUGCCAGUUCUGUGUGCUGUGAUCAGUGAGGUGCUCAGACUCAGACCUGUGGCUCCGCUAGCCGUGCCUCACAGAGCCAUCAGAGACAGCAGUAUUGCAGGCUACUUCAUCCCUAAAAACACUGUCAUCAUCCCCAAUUUGUUUGGGGCGCAUCAUGACCCUGCAGUGUGGACGGAUCCCUAUGCCUUCAAACCAGAGCGGUUCCUGGAGGGUGGGGGGGCCUCGACGCGUGCUCUCCUGCCUUUCGGCGGGGGCGCUCGGCUGUGUUUGGGGGAGGCCGUGGCCAAAAUGGAAUUGUUUCUGUUCACCGCCUACUUGUUACGUGAUUUCCAGUUCGUACCAGCUGAAAGCCAGACCUCUCUACCAGACCUGACAGGAGUAGCCAGUGUGGUACUCAAAGCCAAGGCCUACACAGUCAUAGCACAGCCCAGACCUGGGCCUUGACCUCUCACAGAGUUUGUUCAUGUACAGUGAUCACAUUACAUUUCUAUCAAUCAUUAGGCUCUAGAGGAAGUAUUCCUGUAAGAGAAGGCAUAUAUUGUGUAGUAUUGUGCAGUAAUG